AGAGCGGCUCUUGCGCUCGCUGGCUGCGGGAGGAUCCUUGUGAUCAAGGAGUUCUCAGCAGACGGCCUGCACCCCGAGAGGAGUCUCGCUUUUUCCCUCGGGUGACAUUCAGUGUGCAAACCUGCAGAGCACUGCUAAAAUGAUCAAGCAAGUCUGUGCCGCGGUUUGCACCGUUUUUUCUAUUGCCUAUUCCAGCUACUACCUGCUGCAGCUGACUCGUCACCUCACACGUGCUUGGAGACAAGACGGUCCUUUGCUCCACAGACGCCCUGCACGUCAGCGUGCCGCCCGGCAGCCCCAGAGGAGAGAGGAGCAGAGCCUGAAGAGCCUGAGGGGCAUUGUGAGUCUGGGCCAGCCAACGCAGAGGUACACGGCAUUUGAAGAACUUGGACGAGGGGGAUUUGGAGCUGUUUAUAAAGCCCUCGAUGCCAGCACGGGACAACAGGUGGCCAUCAAGAAAAUUCGCCUUCAUGGGAAGAGAUCCGAGGAGCUGGCUGCCAAUGAAAUCCUGGCCAUGAGGGACAACAGGAAUGCCAAUAUUGUCACCUACUUAGACAGCUACCUGGUCCAUGGGGAACUCUGGCUGGCGAUGGAGUUGAUGGACGGCGGCACGUUGUCAGAUGUGCUCAGGGCAGUGUACCUGGAGGAAGGACAGGUCGGCGCUGUCUGUCGGGAGUGCCUACAAGGACUGCAUUUCCUUCACUCCCACCAAGUCAUCCACAGAGACGUGAAAAGCAGCAACGUUCUUGUGGGCAUGGACGGAUCAGUCAAACUGGCUGACUUUGGCCUCUGCGCUCAGCUCAGCCCUGAGCGCAGCAAGCGCAGCUCCAGGGUGGGCACUCCCGGCUGGAUGGCACCAGAAGUGGUGAGAGGAGAAGCCUACGGCCCCAAAGUGGACAUCUGGUCGCUGGGGAUCAUGGGGCUGGAAAUGGUGCAAGGGGAAGCUCCUUUCCAGAGGGAAGCCCGUCUGAGGGUUGGUGAACUGAUAGAAAGGAACGGGCCCCCACAACUGCAGAACCCCCGGCACCACUCGGCUCUCCUGCGCCUCUUCCUGAGCUGCUGCCUGCAGGCAGACGAGGACGGGCGCUGGUCUGCCCAGGAACUGCUGGAGCAUCCCUUUGUGACUUCAGGCCAUCCUGCCUCCAGCCUGGCCGCUCUGAUCAUCUCAGCCAAGCAAGUGCGGGAAGAGCGGAGAAGAGACGUGCCGCGCCACCUGAGAGGAGUGGAAAGGGAUGCCUGCUGUUUUGGCCCAGAUUCCCCAUGCCCUGAGUUUUAGAAGAGCUCUUCCAGAGCUAGUAGAUUUCAUCUUUAGAGAUUUUCUUAGGUUUCUUUAGGUUUUAGCUAGGACUAUAUAGUAUAGAAAGCUUUGUUAAUGUUGCAUUGUUUAGAUAAGAGUAGGUUUUGAUAAGAGUAGGUAUUGUUGAUGUAUGGUAGCUCAGAAUUAUCCUUUAAGCAGAAAUAAGAAUGAAGUUCUCAAAGAACCAGACGAACUGGACCACGCACCUGCUGCCACCUGUCAGCGUGAAUAAUCUGCUCGGAAGAGAGAAUGAGGAAGAUGAAGAUGAUGAAGUCGCCAGAUGACUGCUCUGUUGCAGCUCUUAGUGUCAGCAGGAGUUGUGUGGAGAGCCAGAAAGGUUUUCCCAACUAGGGAAUGCAAGUCCCUGUUCUGUUCCCUGAGUCAACCCCGUGCCCUCUCCCAGCCUUUCAGUCACUCCCACCCUAAUUCCCUGUUGGUCCUCUGCUCUGGCCCUUCCCUUGUGGCACCCCCGUUUCACCUGAUAACUGGUCCCUGAUGCUCUCCCCACCCACUCAUUCUAUGUACUAAACCUGGACCCUCACAAGACUCCUUGCCUUUGUUCCCCAAACGCUGGACAAUGCUGAGCAGUGGCUGAAAUAAACAUCUUCGUAAAACCCU